AAUAUGGCAUCUCAUUAUCGUACCGAAACUGUAUUCGAUUACAGCUGGAAACAGGUUGUACAAGCCUAUUGGAAUCGUUAUCCAAAUCCCGCAAGUCAUCAUGUCCUAACAGAGGACACCAUUUCGAGAGAAAUACGGGAUGGCAAAUUAUAUUCACGGCGCAUCUUGUCGAAAACCAACAGUGUCCCGAAAUGGGGUGAACGUUUCUAUAAAAAUACUCCAGUGAAAAUUAUUGAAGAUUCCGUCCUAGAUCCCAAAACAAAGACAUUGAUAACAUUUACCCGAAAUAUUGGCUUUAAGAAGAUAAUGAAAGUCGAUGAAAUCGUUGAAUAUUCCGAACAAAAAGAUGGUCGCACCUUGGCAAUACGACGAGCCUACAUCAGUUCACAAGUAUUUGGAUUUUCGCGGGCAAUUCGAGCAUUCGGCAUUGAACGUUUUAAAUCGAAUUGUCAUAAGGCGGCUAGCGGCUUUAAUUAUGUUCUACAGCGAAUGUUUCCAAAUCAACAACAUCAUCAUAAUGCAAUUGAAUCAUCAAAAAGUGUAGAUCAUCAUCAUCAUCAUGCCACACCGCCGGCUGGCACACAACAACAGCAGCAGCAACAACAAAAUAAAACUGAAGCCAUUAAAAAGGGAAUAUCGAACAGUUUGGAGUUUGUUAAAGGCCAGGCCAGUAAAGUUGCCCAAAUGUUUUCGGUGAAAAAUUGA